CGCUUUUUGGCCGCAGUUGGACGGCGCGCGGCGGCUAUGGCGGCGGCUCCGGGAACGGCGGUGGCGGUGCGAGAGGGACCCAUAGCGGCUCCUUCUCGGCUUCCCGUGCGAGCGGCGAAGAACAAGCGACCCGCGCCCCCCCUCGAGGAGGCGGCGGCGCCCGAGCAGAAGCGUUCCCGUCCCGCUCCGGUUCGGCGAGCGCCGCUCAAGGCUCUCAGCGCCACAGCGGCCACCAGGGCAGGACCCCAAAAGACAGCGUCGGCAACAGCUGCACCCCGAAAUGGUCCCGUCCCCCCCCGCCCCAAACGGGCCCCGUGGGACCUUCGGGGCCAAGUGAGGGACCUUCAGGAGGCGCUGAGCGACUGCCGCGAGCGGAGCCGUCAGCUGGAGACGGAGCUGCAAGGGCUGCGCCGGGACAUGGCCACCACCCAGGAGGAGCUCCAGGAGCGGCAGCGCCACGAGAGUCAUCUCCAGCAGCGCCUGCGGGAAGUGGAGGCGGAGCUGUUGGCGUGUCGGGAAGCGGCCGAGCGGUGGCAACGAGAGGCGCAGGAUUUGGCGGCCGAAAAGCGCCGAACGGCCGAGGAAUUGGAGAGGCGCGGGCGGGCGCUGGCGCAGGCGCGGGACGAGGCCGACGCCGCGGGCGCCCGGCUGCGCGACACACAGGGGCUGCUGGGGCAGUGGGAGGCGCGGGCGGCGCGGGCGGAAGCGCGGGCGGAAGCGCUGGAGGCGGCGGCGCUGACGCGGGAGCAGCGACUCCACGGCCUCGAACUCCAGCGCCGACACCUCCACAAUCUCCUCCUCGAGCUCAAGGGCAACAUCCGCGUUUUCUGCCGCGUCCGCCCGGUGCUGCCGGAAGAAGCCGAGAAGCAGAAGGAGUUGCACCAUCUCCACUUCCCUCCGGAUGAUCCGACGGCGCUCGUCCUCUCCCGCCCGGAUGAGUCGCACACGGGGCGCGAACGUCGCGGCGACGUCCGCUACGACUUCAGCUUCGAUCGCGUCUUCGCGCCGGGAGCUUCGCAGCAGGAGGUGUUCGAGGAGAUCGCGCUCCUCGUGCAGUCGGCGCUGGACGGGUACCACGUCUGCAUCUUCGCCUAUGGACAAACGGGCAGUGGGAAAACCUACACCAUGGAGGGACCGGACACGCAGGACCCCGAAACGUGGGGUGUGAUCCCCCGUGCCAUGAGCCGCAUCUUCCACGGCGCCCGGGACUUGGCCGAGAAGGGCUGGGAGUACGAUUUCAGCGCCAGCAUCUUGGAGAUCUACAACGAAGCCGUGAGGGAUCUGCUGGGAACGAAGCCCGAGCGCGGCGCCGACCUCGAGAUCCGCCGCGUCAGCGCCGCCAGCGAGGAGCUCCACGUCCCCAACCUGCGCUGCGUCCCCGUCGCCUCCGACGAGGAGGUUUUGAAGCUGCUGCAGACGGCGGCCGCCAACCGCUCGGUGGCCCAAACGGCGCUGAACGACCGCUCGUCCCGGAGCCACUGCGUUUUCCAGCUCCGCAUCCGCGGCGUCAACAACGCCCGGCAGCUCCGCUGCUCCUCGGUGCUGAGCCUGGUGGACUUGGCGGGCAGCGAACGGCUGGAGAAGUCGCUGGCGAGGGGCGAACGCCUCCGCGAGACCCAAGCCAUCAACACCAGCCUCUCCGCCCUCGCCCGUGUCAUCACCGCCCUCGCCAACAAGGAGCCCCACAUUCCCUACCGCAACAGCAAACUGACCUACCUGCUGCAGAACUAUUUGGGGGGCUCUGCCAAAAUGUUGAUGUUUGUGAACAUUUCCCCCCUGGAAGAAAACUUCUCCGAGUCCCUCAACUCCCUGCGCUUCGCCAGUCAGGUGAACUCGUGCAUGGUGGGUACAGCCCAUGCCAACAGGAAGUAGCAGUGUUGGCCCCGCCCCUUCCGGUCUAUUCUGGCCCCGCCCCUUCCGGUCCCUCUUUGUUGGGGGAGCAGUGUUUUAUAAUAAAGGUUGUUA